AUGUCAAAAACUUUGUCAAGCAAGAAGAACGCUGGUGGUAAUAGGCCUACGCGACCAAAGUCGGGAAAGAAAGACACUAAAGCGGCUGAGUCUGCUGCAUCGCCUUUUACCAGAGUUAAACUAAAACCUCAGAGACCAGUUCCAACUGUUCAUCCCGCAUCUAAUGUCACUGGUCCUCGCUCUUCUCACAAAGAGGGGAAGAAUACAAUUUGCAUAACAAGGUCCACGAAACUAGGGGCGUAUCUUCGGAGGUGCAAGUCCCUUAUUCUGGAUGACGGGUAUGACACUUUGCACCUAUAUGCUUUAGGAGCGGCAAUUCCUCAUCUACUACUCCUUGUGACCUCUUUGCCGGAGUGUCUACCGUAUGGCCCACAAGAUAUUCGCAAUGAGAUCGCUACUGGCACUACGUCAUGCGUCGAUGAGAUUCACCCGCAAAACGAAGAAGAAGACAUUGAGACUAAGGCUCGGAACAAGUCAUCAUUACAUGUCAAGAUUAUCGUCAGUUCUAACGGACAGAGCUCUAGAACUUUACUGUCCAAGAAAGUUUAG